GUUGAAACGAUCGGGGACUCAUAUCUGUGCGUAUCAGGCCUGCCACAUCGCAAUGGUGAUGAGCACGGUCGUGUAAUUGUGUUGAUGUCAAUUGAAAUAAUGAAUUCCAUCAAAAAACUUCGUAUUCCUCAUUUACCCGACGAACGAAUAAGCCUUCGUAUUGGGAUGCACACCGGACCAUGUGUGGCAGGGCAGGCGUUGUUGGUCUAUCGAUGCCGCGAUAUUGUUUAUUCGGUGAUUCUGUUAAUACUGGAAGUCGUAUGGAAAGCACCGGAUCGGGUAUAUAUUUCAGAUAUCACUUCCGCAUAUUACUCAAAAUGGAUACGUAAACGUGUAAAAUGCUUUAUCGUCAAUACUUUCUGCAGAUAUGCUCAGUUCAGUUCGGUUUCAGCUGGCAGGAUACACCUAUCUUCCGAAAUGAAUCACUUCUUGACCAUUAAAAUUGGUGGAUUCAAGACUGAAAGUCGUGGAGAAAUCCUAGUCAAAGGUAAAGAAGUUUUGGAGACAUUUUGGCUGAUCGGUCAAAAGUGA